GGAUUCAGAACCCCUGACCUCUGUCUGGACAGUGCUGAUUGGCCUGUGCUGAUCACAUGAAGUCUUCCAAGAAAAACAAAAAAAACCUCUCUAGCAAUACACACCAAACUGAGCAUGUGCAGAGUGAUUCCACAGGAUAUGUGUUAUCAGGAGAUAAGAGGGGGACACUGGAAGAAGGGGAGGAUCAGAGAAGACAGGAUCAAAAAGAUUUUUUACACAAUGCGAAGGAUUAACCCCUUUGGUUCUACAGAGAGUAUAUCAAGCAUGCUUUACUCAACAUACAGACUGAUCUUACUGUUGUGGGUUUAG